GUUUGUUUUCGGGAAUCUGUCACCUGCAUCCUGUGUAAGGUGACCACGGGGAGAGACUUCAAUUAGAGUGUGGAGGUGGCAAAUCCCAAAAGACCAUCGGUGUGUUUCCAAGAAAUUGGUGAUGGUGAUGGUGAUGGCGAUGGUGAAAAUAGAAAAAGCGGAAAAAGUUCGGAUUUUUCGGAGUGCGUUUUUGGUUGAUUUUGGAAGUGAUGGGUGAGGAGAGCGAUUUUAAUGAAGAUCAUCUGAAGAAGCUGAGAGUGUUCAAUUCUAGAGAGGAGUUCCCAUCGUCCACUAUAUCGUACGCUGUGGUUGGGUGCUAUUCACUUCGACGCCGUACACUAUGGGUCUUUGGGUUGCUUGUGGCAGUUAUGUUCAAUCCAAUUGAUGAUAGAAGCAGAAUAGGCACAAGAUUGUCAAGGUGCGUAUGUAAACAUGCUAGCAGUUAUUUCCCCAGUUACUCUGCACGUGGAGGAUAUAGAAGCCUUCGAUCCUAAUCACGCCUAUGGUCACAAUUAAUGGCAGCUCUUAGAUACAGCCUUGCUCAGUCUGGAACGACACAUCAGCCCCACAAUCACAUCAUCGCAGAGACGCGUCCCCUUCACGGAAAAGACAUUGAUGAACAUGGCCAAAGCUUCGAUUUUGGAGGCUUCCCAGAUGAGCACAAGACUCAAAUUGUCACGCGCAAGCAAAUGGCAGUAACUGGGUCUGCCCCAGGUUUACCAACUUAUCAUACCCACUUAAUGGGGAUGGAGAUGGGAAAUCCCAAAACACCAUUGGUGUUUCCAAGAAAAGGAUGACGGUGAUGGUGAGUGGUGAAAGUGAUGGUUUGUCCUUUCUAAUAAAAAAGCAGAAAGGACUCAUUCUUGGGAUGUUUGUCUUUUUGGCUUAAAAUUUGACAAUCCUCAGUAGCAGAUCAAUGCAGCACAGUUGCAGAUAAUAGAAAAGCGGAAAAAGUUUGAGAUUUUUUUUGCUGGGUUUUGGUUGGUUUUGGGAGUGAUGGGUGAGGCGGGCAAGAUUAUCGAAGAUCACCUGAAGAAGCUGAGAGUGUUCAAUGGUAGAGAGGAGUUUCCAUCGUCCAAUAUUAUGCACACUAUAGUGGCUUUAGGGAUUUGGUUGGGUGCUAUGCACUUCGACGCCGUAGUGGUUCUCUUCUCUCUCCUCUUCCUCUCUCCCUCCAAAGCCCUUCUGGUCUUUGGGUUGCUUGUGGUAUUUAUGUUCAUUCCAGUUGAUGGUAGAAGCAGAAUAGGCAGAAAGUUGUCAAGGUACAUAUGUAAACAUGCUUGCAGUUACUUCCCAGUGACUCUGCACGUGGAGGAUAUAGAAGCCUUUGAUCCUAAUCGCGCCUAUGUUUUUGGAUAUGAGCCGCAUUCAGUUAUUCCGAUUGGUGUUGUUGCGCUUGCUGAUCUUACUGGUUUCAUGCCUCUCCCAAAAAUAAAAAUCCUUGCUAGUAGUGCAGUGUUCUACACUCCCUUUCUCAGACAUAUAUGGACGUGGUUCGGUUUCACGCCGGUAGCUAAAAGAAACUUCAUUUCCCUCCUGGGUGCUGGCUACAGCUGUAUCAUCGUGCCGGGUGGUGUACAAGAGACCCUCCUCAUGGAGCAUGAGUCGGAGAUUGCAUUUGUUCAAUCAAGGAAAGGAUUUGUGCGCAUAGCCAUGGAGAUGGGCUGCCCCCUGGUUCCAGUUUUCUGCUACGGUCAAUCAAAUGUCUACAAGUGGUGGAAGCCUGGUGGAAAGUUGAAUCUGCAAUUUUCUAGAGCAAUUAAGUGUCCCCUGAUUCUCUUCUGGGGAAUCUUUGGGUCUCCUUUACCCUUCCAAAAUCCUAUGCAUGUGGUGGUCGGUAGACCAAUUGAGUUUGAGAAAACCUCUAAACCCACCAUGGAAGAGGUCAACGAGGCGCACGGCGAGUUUGUCGAAGCCUUAAGAGACCUCUUCGAAAGGCAUAAGGCACGGGUCGGCCACGCUGAUCUUGAGCUGAAAAUUCUCUGAACAUAGCUUCGAUUCGUUGUCAUUUAACUGGAGGCGGCCUGUGUUCAUAUGUCUCAAUCGAUUAGGAGUCUAAAGAGGGCUACUGAAUACGCCCAAUUCGAGGGUGGCAAGAGCACAGCCAUGUUAUGCAAAAUGGAUGAUCCAUCAUCAUCAAUCAUGUAUUCAGUUGUGAGUACUGAUGUUGACCUGGCUUUGUAAGACGAAUUAUGCGCAGACUUACUCACAAUUUGAAAUUUUUGAUGGUUUAUUUA